CGCCGCGGGAGUCGGUUCGCCCGCCGCCGUCUCCGCUCGGCCCUUCGUCUCGCUGCUGUCCCGCCCGCCUCCCCGCGCCCAUGGACGAGACCAGCCCGCUCCGCUCGCCGCUCCAACAGCCGCCCGACACUUACUACGCCACGGCGCAGCUGGGGCCUCCGUCGCCGGCGGCCUUCGGGCCCCGGUUGUCGGGCGGCGGGGGUCCGGGCGCCGGGGUGCGGGUCCCGGUGCCGGCCCCGGCUCCCCCCUCGCCGCCCGGCUCGCCCGCCGCCGCCGCCGCCGGCCGGGAGCGGGAGCGGCAGCCGCUGCUCGGACCCCGCGGCCUCAACGAGUUCCCGGACGAGCCCGAGUUCGCUGAGGUGAUGCGGCGGGCCGAGCAGGCGCAGGAGCUGGGCAUCCAGCCGCAGCGCAUCCGCCAGGGCUCCAGCGGCAGCUACUUCAUCCCCGACCCGGCAGGGAACAUUAUUGGUGUUUUUAAACCUAAAAACGAGGAACCAUAUGGGCACCUGAAUCCUAAAUGGACCAAAUGGCUGCAGAAACUGUGUUGUCCGUGUUGCUUUGGCAGAGACUGUCUUGUCCUCAAUCAGGGCUAUCUCUCGGAGGCUGGGGCCAGCCUGGUGGACCAGAAACUGGGGCUUAACAUCGUACCAAGGACUAAGGUAGUACAUCUAGCAAGUGAAACUUUCAACUACAGUGCAAUUGACCGAGUGAAAUCCCGGGGGAAGAAACUGGCUCUUGAGAAAGUUCCAAAAGUAGGACAACGGUUUCACCGGAUAGGCCUGCCUCCCAAGGUUGGUUCCUUCCAGUUGUUCGUCGAAGGUUAUAGGGAUGCAGAUUAUUGGUUGCGCAGGUUUGAGGCAGAGCCUUUGCCCGAGAAGACCAAUCGACAACUGCAGCUCCAGUUCGAGAGGCUGGUAGUGCUGGAUUACAUCAUCAGAAACACAGAUCGGGGUAAUGAUAACUGGCUGAUUAAAUACGACUGUCCUAUGGAUGGGGCCAGUUCGAGGGAUCCUGACUGGGUUGUAGUGAAAGAUCCCAUUAUAAAGAUUGCAGCAAUAGACAAUGGAUUGGCAUUCCCUCUGAAGCACCCAGACUCCUGGAGGGCAUAUCCUUUUUACUGGGCCUGGCUACCUCAAGCAAAGAUACCAUUUUCCCAGGAAAUUAAGGACCUCGUUCUUCCGAAGAUUUCUGACCCGAAUUUUAUUAAAGAUUUAGAAGAGGACCUUUACGAGCUCUUCAAGAAAGACCCUGGCUUUGAUCGAGGACAGUUCUACAAACAAAUUUCUGUCAUGAGAGGGCAGAUCUUAAACCUCACGCAGGCUCUGAAGGAUGGGAAAUCACCUCUGCUGCUCAUUCACAUCCCACCCGUCAUCGUUGAAACAACACGAAGCCACCAUCGCAGCAGCGACUUGUACACACAAAGCUUCCAGAGCAGAAAACCAUUCUUUACGUGGUGGUAGCAUGACCGACUAGAGGGAGAGCAACCCUGUGAACAUGUACUGAUUGACAGUCCUGAUAAUUCUCGUCUCCUUUGGCUCUUGCUGAUAAGGACUCGGGCUCAUGUCACAACUGGAGAGCAGAGGGAGGUCAUCUUUGUGUUUUUUCCUGUUUAUGACCAUUGCACAAGAUGUCACUACAUCUUUAAGAAGUGGUGUAUGAAGGGGAUUCUUCUGGAUGAUUUGCACUUAAUUCAAGCACCCUCCCCUGAAAUUUUUCAUCGUUCCUCAAUUCCCUCUGACGACUCAGACGCUUGAACGCCACUGGACUCUAAUGCUGCUUCUAUUGAGCUAAUUUAUGUUGUUUUGGGCACAGAAUUCUCUUGGUGUGUCUUAACUUUGCCCUUUUCACUGAGCCCCAAAACUGGAAUUUUUUUUUUUGCACUAAAAUGGUAUUGGUUCAAAUUGCAACCUAUUCUUGAUGAACUAUGGUUAUGCCAGAGCUGGAAUAAUCUGCUAUAAUCAUGGUCCUUCCCAAUCCAAUUUGCAGUGCGUUUCUGCUUUUACGGAGGAAAAAGUAUAAAGGAUACAGGAGAACUGCAGUUACAAGAAGUGAUCAUGCUGUACUUGUGAAGAGAAUCUGUGAGAGAAGACAUCACUAACCUCUGUUCAGCUGGGAUGUGGGAGGGUAGCUGUGGAAAGGAAAACGAAUAAGAUAAUCGCUCCAUCCGCUUGACGCAGCCUUGCUACGAUCUGAAUACCAGCCAGAUCAAAAUGUUUCCCAUUGCUGGCUUGGAACCUUCGGCCUUAAACCUACAGCAUGAGUUUGCAGUUCUGUAGAUAAAACCCCAUCUGUGGCUCCCUCCCUCCCCUGCCCUCUUUCCCCAACCUUCUAUUUUCCUACGUUGCACAUGUUCUAGUAGGGGGAAGGGGUGUGCAUGUGAAAUGGCAUUCAGUCUACAUAGUUUGAUUGUGAUCGAGAAAUCUAACUGUAAUCAGAAGCUAAUAUAGCAUGUGUGUGUAUACAUAUACACACAUAAUAUAUAUAUAAUACAUAUCUUUAAACAAAAAAGCCAAAAUAAUGGUUAAAGCAAAAACUUUGCACAAGGGUCCUUAUAGCUGCCCACUGUUUCCAGUGCACCACCUCUUGGCAUUAAUGGUUUUUAAUCUUGCUGUGACUCAAGUAUACUCAGCAGAUUCCUAUUCAGGUUGCUAAUACUCUUUGUUAACCUUUCUGCCUAACAGGAUGCCUUUUUGCUUUUCCAAACUAAGUUACUUCUCUGGAGCGGUGAUGGCAGAGCAAAGGGAGGAGGUGCUGGUCUUUUAAAUAGUCUGCUUUCCAGGUGCCAGACUGAGGAGAUCUUCAUUUCCCUUUCAUCCUGCUUUUCUAGUAGUGGUAGAUGGGGUGGGAGCCAGAUAUUGGGCAAACAGAAAGGAGACUUUAUUCAAAGACAAGUGAUAUUUCAUUUAGGUAGGCUGUUCCUCUUGAAUGGGCAGCUUCCUCACCUCUCUGAUGCUGGUCACAUACAGCAAAGUUUAAAGACUCUCUGAUAUUCUGCUGCAUUAUGACCAUGAAAUCAUCACCACACAAUGAGAGGAGAUAACAGCCUCUGAUUUUUUUUUAAAUGGUUAACGUGAGAAAUAAGCUGCUUGAGUGUUGCCAAAAAUACAAACACAGAUCUUUAUAGCCAGAUCCUUUCCUGGUUAGAUUGGAAAAAACUGGCUGACCUGCAUCUGACAUAUUUAAACAAAAAUUGGAAUGAUGCCCACAUUGCUCCUGUGGUGAACUAGAGGUACUUUAAUCCGAGGCGGCCAUACACUUCCUUGUUGCCCUUAACAUCCGUCAUCUCCUGACUGGAGGGAGAGAGAGCAGAAUAAAAUGGUAUCUGAGAUAUCCUUUGGCAAAUUCCGGAUUAAAACUCUUAAUUAAAGUGGCUACUGCAGUAAAUCCAGUUGUUUCAGUAGUUGUUAGGGCCAGAAUGGAUUGUAUCCCUCCCUCAAGUGUGCUGAUUCUUGAGACUUAAUCCUGCAGUUUUAUAGCAUCCACUUCGCGAUUAUUAUUGGAGUAAAGAUAGGGCUGGGUGUGUGAAAUGGUUUGUAAAUUUGUAUUAAUGGUUAACUUGUAUCGAGGUUGAAGGCAGGUGAUCAAUGUUUGAAAGCUUAUUAUAUUUUUUGAAGUGCUUUCUCAGCCAUAUUUAACAGAAUAUUCUACUGAAAUGAGGCAGUUGCAAGGAGUUCUGUAUACUCCUUUCCCUCUGUCAUUGGCUACUUAAAACAUUGCUGCAUCAAUGCAGCCCCAAUUAUGUUAACUCCCCGCUCAGUUCCAAGUCAUGGCUGUAGGGCCUGGUGUAUUGCUCAGAGUACGUGGUGCACCUUUUGCUCAGCCUAAACCUGAUUAGUGGGAACACAUUACAUAUUAGCUUUCUGCAUUCACCUUUGUCAAUGGAAAAUGAACCUUGUUUGAUUGAAUGUGGCCAGCCUCCACCUUCACCACAUGGGUACUUUAAGGAAGAAAAACUAUGCAAUUGCUAAGUGUGAUUUUUUUUUUAACAACCUUUUUUUUGUCGGCGUUACAAGCUUGUCUGCUCCAUUUCUCCCAACUCUUCUACAUUAGAGUUGAAAGGGUUGGAUAACCGAAAUGAGAACAGGCAGUGGAUCCAAGUGUCCCAAUAAGUCCCUCCGUAUUAUUUUGAUCAUCUACUCUGAAACAUAGUAAAAUGGAAGAAGUGGGCAGGGAAGUGAGAACGGUUUACUCCUGGUUACCUUUAACAGAAAACAUACUGAGAAUUGGGAAUGGCAAUGGAGAAUUCUGGUUGCUACUCAUUCACAACUGAAUGUUGAUUUGUCCACAGCCCAAUAAGUUCUCUGGUUAUCAGUAGCAGCACUUUUGAAUUCAGUCAAGUGGUUUGGGCCUCUGUUGUCAUCUUGUAUGUUGCGAUUUUAUUUUGGGUUAUAAAUCUUUAAACUGUGGCAAAUCUCCUGUAUCAUUUGUCUAGCUUCAACUUUUCAGUAUGUGUUCUGGCCAAGUUGUCUGUUCAGUCAUCAGGUGAUUUUGUUUUAAAUUAUCACUGAGUUAUCAACAAAACUUCACUAAAAUUUUCCCUGCACUAUCAUUUAAUGUAUACAAGGUGUGCAGCGAUAGCUGGUUUCUUCACCUAAAUUCUAGGUAGAUUUUCAGGCAACACGAGAUUGUGGAAGUGUGUUUUAGUAUCAAAUAACUUUGGGUAUCAUCUAUACUGUGCUCAGUGAUGUUUUGAGCAUUGUUCUGUGUAAAAUGGACCUAGUUAGCUGUUGUGGGGAAGGGUUCCCUGCCUUCCACCAUGCAAAAUGAUUGAGCACAUUGGGUGACGGUUAAGAAAGAUGAGGUUGUGCACAGCUUUUUGCUUCAUUCCUGGGAAGAUAUUUGAAACAGUGAAUGGAAUAAAUCCUCGCACUACAUUGCGCUAUUUUGAAUCUAGUAGACGUUAUUGUAGAUCAUUGUAGAUGGAUGACUGGACUUAAGUUGGUCAGCAUGCUUGCUGGGUGCUUUUAAGAACUAAGCUUCAGUUGAUGAUUUGUACUUUAUUCUUCCAGCGAGAGAGGAUGUAGAACACUGACAAUGGAUAGUCACAGAAACUCGGUCGAUUUUUGAUUGGUUUCCCUGGGUGUAAAUGCAGCCAAGCAUGUUUAGGUGCUGUCAUUGAAUUGUUGCUUGGGUUUACCACUAGCAAUCUGUCGAUCCCAGAAGUAACUUCUAGUGGUUCUACACCACAGUAGUUCUGGUUUGAGGAAGUCUUGCUGGAAGGUGCAUGUAUUAUGGUGGAGAUGACUGAAUAGAAUAAAUCUUGAAAUGUUCUGCAUUCUGGUCCAGUUAGGACUGAUUUUAAAAUGAUUACCCCAUGGGUUUUUUUUCCUGCAUUAGCUGAAGUCACAGCCUUAUUUAAUCUUUGUGUUGUGAGCAGGGUGGGGAAGAGGUGGAGGAUGGAGAAUAAAAUUAGGAAAUCUUUGAGUGAUUUUAGUUUUAAUUUUGUAAUGGAAUGUUGUAGUUUUAAUGUAAUCAUGGCUGGUCUAAUGGGAGAGAUAUGUGUGCAUUCCUACUCCCCAUCGAAGUCCUUGUGUAUGUACUUGAACUUUGGUAUAAUACCCUCAAAGGCAAAUAGCUUGUCAACCCACUGGUUUUAGAUGCAGGAUGGCCACUUGGAUAAAAUUCUCGUGAUUACUACCCUACAGGGAGAGGAACAAAAUGUAAUGGGCAGUACCUCACGCGGUGCAAUUUGUUGAAGUCUCAUCAGUUCUGUACUACUUUCCUUCUGAUGCACUUCCUCUCUUAUCUCCCCUUUUUUUCCAUAAUGUAGACGAUUGUGCAGCUUGUACCGAGUCUGUCCCACCAGCCCUUGCUAUAACUGACCAUGCCACUCCAUGGUUUGGGAUGGUCAGUUAUGCCAAUAUUUAGGUUCCCUUCCUCUUCCCCAGGUAUUGGUUACCUUUCCCAGUAGAACAUGUUUAAAAUCUGUUUCCAAGCAAGAAAACUUGAUCUUAAAGUGGCAGAUUUUAUGAUGUACCAAUUUUUUUCCAGAAUAGUAACUUCAAGUCUCUCUACAAAUCUUAGUGUAACUCACGUGUGAUUCUCUUGCCCUUUACAAUUGAGAGGUUUCCAUUUUUACCCCUUUAAGUCUGUCUGAAGAUCAUAUCCAUUUGAUUUAUUAGGCCUGAAUAUGUAGUAUAUGUUGCUUUUUGAUAGUCUCAGUACUUGUCUCUAGAACUUUCCAAAUUCUCCUUCUCUCUGCCUUCUAAGUAGUGUGUACCUAAACUGGCUGCUCAAAUACUUAUCCCAUGGAUUAGUCCUGUAAAAAUCCCACUCAUUUCCUCUUGAGGGCCCAUGGUGACUUGCUGCCUUUUACACAAGGAAAUAGUUUAGGGUGGAGAGGCAGCUGUUGAGAGCUACUCCCAAGUAAGUAACUAUUUGCUUAAUGCCAGCACGUUGUUGUAGGUUUGUGUUGGCACAUUGAUCAAAAGCUGCAACUGAGGUUUGUUCCACCUCACCCACAUUCUUAUUGAUGCAGAGCUGAAACUGUUCCAUAUUACUUGUUAUGUUCUUGUCCCAGAUGUAUGCUGCAGUUUCACACCUUGCAGGAUGUUGUGACACCUUGUAUCAGAUUCUUGCCCUCUGAUAGAAAUAUUUAUGUGGAAGGUUGAUUCUCCAAUUCCUAAUAUCAAUAAAGCAAAUUGUUUGUUGAGGGUAAAUGCUGUAUUGUGCUCCCUGGUAGUGGGGGUGGGGGGGGGGGUGGUGGGAAUUGAUGAUUUCAAUCCUGUCAUUAUGUUGUCACCCUUAACAACCAUCAAGGACUCCUUCAUGGUCAAAAUGCAACACUGAGUCAAUCCCAUUCGAAUACUUUGCCAUCUUGCAAAAACCAUGUGCAUGUUCACUUUUGAAGGCUUGUAGUGACUUAUUGCCUUUUGCAUAUAAAGGUUCUGGUGAUGGUAAAUGUAGGAAUCUGAGCAAUUCUCUUCAUUUGAUUUGUCAUCUGGCUCCUUUGCAAUGUUGCACUCACUUAGCAAACAAUUUGUGAUUAUACCACUGGUUAUUUCAAUGAGAUCUCUUUCAAGUUUGCAGAAGAAUAUAUUCAAAUAAUCUAUGGCUCAGACUGGCCUGAUGCAGUCCUUGACCAACAUCAGUUUGGACUCUCCAAUGUGGAAAUCAACGUAGCUUUUCUCCUACCUUGGAGAAACCAAAAUCAAUCUUUGCAAGUUAGCAGGUUUCAGUUGAGACAUUGCUAAAUACAGUGUAGGAAUACAGUUAAAGUAUGACUCCCGGCGCAGAUAAUAGACCAUGCAUCGGGGAACACAAUGUAUUUUAAUCCUGCUUUAAUGCAAACUCAUGUAGAAAGCUCCUUCAAGCUCCCACUGAUCUUGCAUGAUCUUCAGAGACUCAACAUUUUAAGGAUGGAAGUGAAGAGUCCUUGUAGUAAAAUACUCUGACUCCUGUUAAGUUGUCAACUUUAUCAUCGAACUAACAAACCUUUCCACAGUGUACACUGGUCAAAAACUAUUAUGCAAGUCUCUGGGCAACAGCCUUCAAUUCUUCAAUGUGGGGAAACCGUGGUAAAGGUACUGCUUUGGUGUUCUUUUUGCCUUAAGAUGUGGAAUUUAUUUUUUUAAAAGGUUAUUUAAACUUUGUCUAAAGUAUAUAUGACACAGGUGUCGUGUACCUGCUGCAAGGGGUGGUCUGCUGUGACGGUGGGCUCUCUAGCUGACUAAUAGUGCCAUCAAUGUACAGCUGCUGCGACUUGUCAACCCACUCAAUAGACCAUUUGUAAUUUCUCCAUUUCUUUGGGAAGUUCUGAAUUCAGGAACGGAGCUAGAGUUUUGACUUAAAUAGGUUGGCUGAGGUUCUACCUCAGCUUUUUAUUUCUAUAGCCAUCAUUUUAUGAAGAGGGUUAGAAAUUGAUGCCUGUCCAACAUGCCUGAAUUGUUGGUUCCCUUUCCAAUCAGUCUUGCUUUUCUCUCCCAUCAGGGAGCUUGAGUUGCUUGUGAGUAGCAUCGUGACAGUUUAAAAACCUGUUUUAGCACCAAUGGAAUGGAAAGAUCAACUUUUACUACGCUUCAAGCUGCUGUGUUUGCAACACCAGCAGCGUUUGUCAGGCAUGGUGUAACACUACUAAACUGUAUUGGACCAGUUACUUAUCAGAGGAACUGUUAACGAUUAAUAUUUCUGCCAGUUUAAACUGUUUUUUUUGCUUGGACACGGAAUCUAUAAUGUACUGUUCUGAUAAAACACUGUAUACUCUGUAAUGUAUUUAAAUAUAUAUAUAAAACAAGAACCAAAUAAUCACUUUCUGCAAGUAUAAAUCUGCCAAACUACUGUUUAGCAUUUGAUAAAUUUUCUAACAUGA